UGUGGUGGCCGCAUCUAGCUUUAUUAAUUUAAUAGGAUGGAAAUGGGGUGGACAGGUCUUACCGCUUAAAACCUGGUGAGCUAUUUAAUUUAAAGGAUGGUGGUGGAGCUGGGUAGACUCCUGUUCAAGUGUCAGGGGUGCCUUUAAGGCCCACCCCCAUGCGUUGCUGCCGCCUCUCUCUGUUUGUAAACACUCCGGGUCACCCGCAGCAUCAACGGCAUCCUCCAUCCAAGAUGGCGGCGGGUGGGAGCAGUGGCCUCCCCUGCCCGGGACUUGGCAAUGGCAACAGCAACAACAAUCUGGGGCUUGGGGCCAACGGGAAUGGGGCUUCAUCAUCGUCUGUUAGCGGGCCUGGCCCCGGUGGUCCAGGCAGUAAUCCACUUUCUGCUCCCUCUGCUGGGUCUUCGACUGCCUCUUCGCCACAGGCUGUCGGUGCCGGAGGUGGAUUUGGGCCCGUAGGGGCAGCAGCGGCUGCAGUAUUAGUGUAUCGGGAGCCUGUGUAUAAUUGGCAAGCUACAAAGACUACUGUGAAGGAGCGUUUUGCUUUUCUGUUUAACAAUGAAGUACUGAGUGACGUGCAUUUUCUGGUGGGCAAGGGCAUGGGGACCCAGCGCAUCCCCGCACACAGGUUUGUCUUGGCAGUUGGCAGUGCUGUUUUUGAUGCCAUGUUCAAUGGUGGAAUGGCAACAACGUCCACAGAGAUUGAGUUACCCGACGUUGAACCUGCGGCCUUUCUAGCGUUGCUCAAGUUCUUGUAUUCUGAUGAAGUUCAAAUUGGGCCAGAGACUGUCAUGACAACAUUAUACACAGCCAAAAAAUAUGCAGUGCCUGCCCUUGAAGCACAUUGUGUGGACUUUCUGAAGAAAAACCUGCGAGCAGAUAAUGCAUUCAUGCUGCUAACACAGGCACGACUCUUUGAUGAACCUCAGUUAGCCAGUCUGUGCUUGGAGAACAUUGACAAAAACACUUCAGAUGCAAUUGGUGCUGAAGGCUUUACUGACAUUGAUUUAGAUACAUUAAUUGCAGUGCUGGAACGUGACACUUUGGGCAUCAGAGAGAUCCGCUUAUUUAAUGCAGUGGUUCGUUGGGCAGAAGCAGAGUGCCAGCGACAACAACUACAGGCCACUCCAGAGAACAAAAGGAAAGUGCUAGGAAAAGCAUUAUCUCUCAUCAGAUUUCCACUGAUGACCAUUGAGGAAUUUGCAGCAGGCCCUGCCCAGUCUGGUAUUCUGACAGACCGAGAAGUGGUCAGCUUGUUUCUUCAUUUCACUGUCAAUCCAAAGCCAAGAGUGGAAUUCAUUGACAGACCUCGCUGCUGCUUACGUGGAAAGGAGUGCAGUAUCAAUCGUUUUCAACAAGUUGAGAGCCGAUGGGGGUACAGUGGGACCAGUGACAGGAUAAGAUUAUCCAUACUGACAGUAAUACGAUCCUGGGACAGAAUGACACUGGAUUCAGCUGCGAUGGAUCCUCUAAUACCUUUAGGGUCAUGUUCAAAGAACCUGUUGAGAUUUUACCCAACGUCAGCUAUACUGCUUGUGCCACACUAAAGGGUCCAGAUUCACACUACGGAACAAAAGGACUGCGCAAAGUUAUCCACUCCCACAACAGGCACAAAGACAUGCUUUACUUUCUGCUAUGCAGCUGGAAACAACAAUGGCACCUCUGUGGAGGAUGGUCAGGUCCCAGAGAUAAUUUUCUACACAUAAUACUGAACUCCAAG